GGGACAAAGUAUACCUAGGGGACUGAUUAGGCUAGUCUACGACCUUCCUAUGUCCUGUAUUACCUAAGGCGCCUGUACCUCGUCAACAUUAAAUACAUCCAUACACCUUUCCCACUCUUCUUCUCUUCCCCCUACCCAUAGGCCCCCAGACGGGUUCCCGCUCGAAUUCCUCCUCAUAUUUCCACCGUCGUCGUUGUUCACCCUCCGUCCGCGUACUUUGCUCGGCUGCUUUCGUUGUGGCUGGGUAUCAGGAGCAGAGACUGGCCACCGUUGACACUCGUAAAAGCCCGCCCACGCCGAGACGAGGUAGUCCGUAGAUGCCGUCGGCAACGCCCUUCGAGCCGUCGAUGCUCCCACCUGGCAGGAAGAGGAGACGAGAUGACGACGGCGAGGUGCAAGUUCAAUUUGCCAAAACAACGCAGUGCUACCACAACGAGUCACCAAACCUGCUCUCCACUAUAAACAACAACGAGCGACUAAAACUACCUUCUUCGGCCCGUGCCUAUUUUUCGUCCCUCAACAUACCACGGAAGGCCGUUCUACCCGCGAGCAAGAGGUCCCGGCUACUCGACGAGAACGAAGAGCAGCACGCUUACUCACACCCGCUUUCAUCCCAUGCCGGCCAUCAUCUGCACCAACAUCAACAGUCGCCAUUCCCUCAUGCGCAUCCCGAGUACUCGACGCCACCAGCAUCGCCAGACCGUACGCGAUGCGAGACAACUACCAGGGCGAACCAACCACUGCUUCUGAGUCCAUGCCACAUCUGCCACCGGAAGCCGACUAAGAAAUCGGAGCUCGACUCGUUUGCCGACUGCAUGGGUUGCGGGCGGCGGGCCUGCUUCAUCUGCAUCCGAGCAUGCCAGGGCUGGCUGCCACCUGUCACCGUGGUAGAACACUCAGCCUCCUCGGACGAGGAAGCCGAGAACCCGUCCGCAUCCUUCACGAUGCGAGACGUUGACGACGACGGAGACAACCAUGGAUACUCACAGAACCACGAACCAAGCCAGAAGCAGGGCAGAGGGGAUGGAUGGGUGGGGCGUGGCCAUCGAGAGGUGAUCUGCAGCCGCUGCUGCGUGGAGAGAGGGCUGGAGGGCGACGUUGUCUGCCUAGGCUGCUUAAUUGGUAUGUCAGAGGCGUAGGGCACCAUAUAUGGAGAAACCCGACCACCUGUCGUCCUAAAGAAGUUAAAGAUAAAGAAGGCUUCGAGAGAGAUGUGUUCUACCGCGACCACACCACCAUAGGGAAACAUGUGACGCCGGGUCAAUAAUCGCAGCCUCCCCUGGCGUCCAUGAUGAUACGUGGCAUUCCCGACUCCGAACAGCCAACGUGUACGACCACUCUAGUCCGGAUCAGCAUCAGAAAGAGCCCAGCCACGAAGAGUCGAGGCCGCUUCGUUCAACUGAAAUCAUUGCUCAUCAUUGCUCAUUGCCAUGGCGCCAAAUAAUCCAGGAAUUUGCAUUGUACGGUGCAUCUCAUAGCGUCGGCUCUUAUUUUCUUGUAAGGUGUUGGGGGGGGGCAGGGGUUGUUUUUGCCCGCAAUGUAUCAUUUCUACCUAUACCCAUGCCUAUACCUCUGCUAUUACUGUUACUGUAGCCCACGAUUACAUGCUGUAUUUUUGGCGGUUUUACGGAUAUCACGUGGUGUAUUGUAUUCUUCAUUGCGAUCUCUCUCUCUCUCUCUCUCUCUCUCUC